GAAGGAAGAAGGAAGAAGAAGAAUUGUUUGUAUUUAAGUUCAAUUAUUAAUCUGUGUUUCGUUGUCAACUUCUCGAGAUCCGAUAGACUCGAUCAGUGUUCUAUAAUAUAAUGGCGAACCAAUCUGCUUCUGCCUACCCAAUUCUAUGCGCUUCCUUCAAUCAAGACAACAGUUGCUUUGCGAUUGGGACAAAGAAUGGGUUCAAAAUAUUUGAUUCGACUACAGGAAGGCUCUGCUACGAAAGAGGUAUAGGAGCUUAUGCAAUUGUUGAAAUGCUAUUCACCUCGAGUCUUCUUGCCAUAGUUGGAGCUGGUGAACAGCCAAUUUUGUCUCCACGGCGUUUGUGUUUGUACAAUACUACAACUGGAAAUCCUCUACGCGAAUUGAACUUCAUUACAUCAAUCCUUGCAAUUCGUGUAAACAAGCAAAGAUUGAUUGUAGUUCUGCAAGAAAAGACAUACGUAUAUGAUAUAAUCAGUCUUGGUAUAUUAGAUACUAUUGAAACAGUACCGAAUCCAAAAGGUCUAUGUGCUUUUUCUCCAAGCUUGGAUGGUUGCUUUUUGGCCCUUCCAGCUAGCACAAUAAAGGGAUCUGUACUAGUCUAUGAUGUUAUUGGCCUCCGGACUCAUUGUGAGAUAGAUGCUCAUCGUUCAAUACUGUCUGCAAUUGUUCUCUCUUCAAAUGGAAUGUAUUUAGCUACAGCAUCUGAACAAGGAACCAUAAUUAGAGUGCAUUUGGUAUCAGAAGCAACUAAGGCUUAUAGUUUCCGGAGAGGAACUUACCCGUCAACUAUCUUUUCAUUGUCAUUCGGUUCGUCCUUACAACUUCCAGAUCUUCUUGGAGUGACAAGCUCUUCAGGCUCUCUUCAUGUUUUCUGCCUAGAAUCUGCCAUUACUCAAAGAAGCCGAAGGGGUACUGGUUUUCUUGGUUCAAUUAUUCCCAACUCAGUAAACGACGCACUCGAUCCAUCUAAUCAUCAUGUACUUCAUAAUGCUUUUCUAGCCGGAGUCAAAAGCUGUACUGUGAUCCGCAAAGUAGACAAGAUUUCCGAGGCAACAACUAGUCAGGAAUCAGUGGCGUGCAGAGCGACGAUAUGUAUUGUCACCUACAAUGGAUACUUCCUGGAGUACAGCUUGAGCAUCAAUCACAAGAACGAGCCAUCAUGGACAUUGAACCGUGAAUUUAAUCUUUUAACUGUAGUUGCAGCCGACACACCAACAAAAUCAUAAUACACUGGAGCUUUAUGAACAGUUAGGGUUUGAUGUUUACAUGCAUAGUUUUUUUUUCUAGUUGUAAUAAAUUAAAAUACAGUUUUUCUUCUCUAAGAUUAUAUAAAUGCAAAAUAUUGGAGGUUUAAAUGUGUCAAAAUGUGACUGG